AAUCGCAGUCACACCAUGGUCUCACCAUCGAAGAAGUCGUGGUUUCCUGUGCAAUACCGACGUCACAUCCGCUUUCUCGAUGCCCAACGUUGGAGAGCAAUGGCGGCGUGCCGGGGAUCUUCGUCGAAAUGGUUCUUCACCCGGGAGCAGCUCGAAAAUACGCCGUCCCGCCGAUGUGGAGUAGAACCAGACCGGGAGCUCUCCUACCGGCAACAAGCGGCGAAUCUGAUCCAAGAUAUGGGUCAGAGACUCAACGUCUCUCAAUUAACAAUAAAUACAGCCAUUGUUUACAUGCAUAGAUUUUAUAUGCACCACUCUUUCACCAAAUUCCAUAGGAAUAUAAUCUCUCCAACCACCUUAUUCUUGGCCGCAAAAGUGGAAGAACAACCUCGGAAACUCGAACAUGUGAUCAAAGUUGCACAUGCUUGCCUAAAUCCCCAAGAACCGCCUCUAGACACAAAAAGCAAUGCAUACCUCCAGCAAGCUCAAGAGCUGGUGAUACUUGAAUCCAUAGUGCUGCAAACCCUGGGCUUUGAAAUUACUAUUGAUCACCCACACACUGAUGUGGUGAAAUGUUCCCAGCUAGUGCGAGCAAGCAAGGAUCUGGCACAGACUUCCUAUUUCAUGGCUACCAACAGUCUACACCUCACUACCUUCUGCCUCCAGUACAAGCCCACGGUGAUCUCCUGUGUGUGCAUCCACCUGGCGUGUAAAUGGUCCAACUGGGAGAUCCCAGUUUCCACUGAUGGAAAACACUGGUGGGAGUACGUGGACAACUCUGUCACUCUUGAACUGCUUGAUGAGUUGACCCAUGAGUUUCUGCAGAUUUUGGAGAAGACGCCCAGCCGGUUAAAGAGGAUACGCAACUGGAGGGCAACACAAGCUGCCAAAAAGCCCAAGACUGAGGGCGCUCAGUUGACAGACAACUCCUUUGCUGGGCCUUCCAUGCUCCAAGAUCAAGCUGAUGCCUCACUCGCUGGAGUCUCCUCCAACCCAAGUUUUUCCAAAGCAGGUGCCGCCUUCACUGUGCCCAUGCCUGGCCAGUCCGGAGGUGCACCCCUGUCUCUGGACACCUUGGCUGGCACAUACAAUCCAGCUAGCCACAGCGAGUGGCCCCAGGGCAAUCAGAGCCUAGCAGGGUACCCUUCCACCUGUUUAAGGCAGGACCCUCUCAGCAUCCCUCACCAAGAGCCCACACUGUCCUUGCAGACCUCCACUUCCUCUUUGCUUCAGCAUCCUCCAGUAUACAGGACUGAGAAAACAGUAGACUUCAACCUUGUCAAACAGGAACCAAAAGGAGCUGGUGGGAGCGGAGUGGGCAAGCAUCAGCCACCACCUCAGUCUGCCUAUUUAGUUCAGCCUCCUCCACCACAACCUUCUUCAGCUCAGAAGCUGUCUCUGGACAAAUACAGAGAGAAACAUGCUGCAGAGUUGGCUGUCUCUGGGCAGAAACGUAGUCAGGAACAGCAUGGAGGAGUAUUGGAUUGCGAUGUGAGGGGGGAUAUGUCGUCUUCCUCCUCUUCUACCUAUGCACCAUCCUCUACGGGCCAAGUAGACCACAGAAAACAUUCACAGCCCCACCAAUCAUCCCAUGGCGGUGGUGGCAGCACCACUGCCUCCCCAAUGAAAAUGAAAGUCCCCUCCUCAACUUCAGGGCAAGAUAGACGUCAUCACGGUGACAAACGGGACAAAGGCUCGCUUAAACUCCGCCUUGCUGUUCCUGGGUCUGGUGGCAGCUCCCAGCUGGAUAAAAGUGGACAACCAAAUAAAGAUGAGCUUAAGAUGAAGAUAAAAGUUUCAUCAUCAGAACGCCACAGCUCAUCAGAUGAAGGCAUGGCGUCCAACAACAACAAGAGUAAACAUUCCAGUCCUCUGGUGAGCAAGGAGAAACAACAUUAUGGAGCAGAUCACAACCUCCAUCGCCACCACAAGCACAGUCACCCUCAUCCACACACACACAGCGGGAAUGGACGAGGAGGCCCAGAGGGCCCAGGUGGUGGGGGAAGCCUUCUAAGAUGUCCUCCAGGACUGGUCAGCAUGGAAGGGACUACGCUUGCUCCUCCCGGAUCCACCUCUUUGUCGUCAUCGCGCAAGAGGGCGUACCCCGAGGCCAGCCAGAACCACCACCCUUCCUCCUCAUUCUCCACUUCUUGCUCCAAAGUGAGCAAAAUCUCCAAGAGUGGCACUGGUGCUGCAGGUACUACAUCUUUAUCUUUCCCCUUUUUUCCUCCUUGCCCCUCUCCUGUACUGCAGUGUGUCUCGUCUGGCUUGCAGCUCUAUGGCUAACCUCCUCCCCCCUCCUCCUUCUCCUCCUUAUUCUUGUUUCUCCUCCUCCCCUCCUGUCACACCCAGGUGGGCUGCGGACCUCUCAGCAGUACCCUCCUCCUAGUGAAUCGCCACAUGAAGUGGGAGAGCAGAGACACUGAGUCCAGCACUCUGCAGCCAUGGCCAGCACAUGGAAAUGGCAACAAGACUAUGCUCACCUCCCUGUUAAGUGCCCUAGGAAAAUAACUCUUUAUGUGAUGAUAAACCCUUUACUGAAAGGCAGAAAAACGUAUCUGCAAAAAAAAUGAAAAGUAUUGUUGGACAUCUCAAUUUCUGAGAGACAAAGAUGAAAAAUUAUGCUUCCUGACUGUCAGAUAUCUCGGCUGUGAUGCUCAGCCCUGUCUUUCUGUUAGUGUGUUGAACUGCUGCUUGGUUCUCCUUCCUCCUCAGAUGAGUCUAGGAAUGUGCAAAGGUAGGUGGGUGUAGGGGGUCCUUCUCUACAUUUCAGAUCUCCAUAUGGGAAAACAAAAGUAUUAGUAAGUACUAUAAAAGGCAUGGAAGGUGCACUUUCUUCAUUUUCCUCCUAUUUUUUUUAACAAGUAAUUUAAUUGAAUCACAUUUCUGCGGUUGUAUGGAGGAAGCCAGUGGCCAGCUGGAGAUGAGUUCAAGUUAUGUUUGCUGGCAAUCCAUCUAGUACUGUUAAUGGAUGCAAUUUUUUUUAGGUGUAAAGUUUCAUCUCCUCAAUUACUUUCUUGUCUUGAUUUCUUUUUAUACUUAAGUACUGUGCGUAUGAUUUGCAUGUUUCAAUCAUCAAAGGGAUUUAAAAGGAGAAUGCGUACUUGCUGUUUACAGAAAGUGGAGAUAAAUGUUCAUACGUUUUUGUAUGUUUAAAGAAAAAAAAAGCUAUACCAUGACUACUCAGGUUUGGAGCUGUUUGUAAGUAUAACAAGAUAACUAUAAUACCUAUAAAGACUUAUUUUGUUGACCAACGGAUUGGGCAUCAUCGGGUGAAUGAUUGCAGCCUUCCACUGGUGUGUGCUUCUGACAGCCUUCUAACAGAGGGUGCUGUACUGUGCUUUUCCAUUACAGGAAAUAUCACUUAAUGCCCUCACUAACACAGGCACAUCCAACACCUACUUAUCACAUCAGAGCGAUGCAAUUUGUACCAAAAAUUAUUUUUUGGACCUCUUAAGUAGACCUUAAGCUGAAUGCCAAAGGUUGUGCCUCAAAAAGAAAAAAACUGACAAACAGUAGUAGUGUGUUAUUAAAGUUUACUUAACCCUUUUUACUUUGAAGUGCAUCAGACAUAAUUUCAGCUGUAGCCCUUAGAUGUCAGCCCACGAAGGGGAUACAUUAAGGUUCAAUCAACCAUUAAUAGUGUACUAUUCAGAAAUAAAACCCUUGCUGGCUCAGUUCCAUCCCAGCAACAGUUGUCAUAACAGUGACCAAUUGUCCAUAUGCAACAUGACCUGCUGGAUAUUUUUGUAAAACUCAGUAUCUGCAAUGUGGACAUGCCUAAUAGGUUUUGUCGCGGAUACCCUCAUACAAUUGGUUAAAUUUACAUUUACAGCCAUGCACCUGUCUGGACACAUCGGUUUCAUACAUUAAACUCUAUAUUGUUCUCCGAUCUUGACAUGAUACUUCCCUCUGUUCUUAACUAGGUUACUCAUUUAUUUUAAAGUGCAAAAUUCCCAAUAAGCCUGAGGCUAGAUUGGUUGUACCCUCGUUAGGGAUUUACAGUUGGGCACACAGAACAAAAGCCAUUGUGGACAAAUUUGCAUAAGCCACUCUUUACAUCCAUUUUUCUUUUCAUUUCAUAUUAUGAAUAAACUUCAAAGUUGCCACUA